CAAGGUGUAAUUGCCUUAAAUAUGGAGGAUGGGACGUUACACAGGUUCCGUGCUGCCUCAACAAUUCUGGCCGCAGAGGGCUAUGGGUCUAGGGGUGAAAGUGGUAUUCUUAGGAAUAGUGAAGGUGAAAGAUUCAUGGAACGGUAUGCCCCAACAGCUAAGGAUCUUGCAUCAAGAGAUGUGAUCUCGAGAUCUAUGACAAUGGAGAUCCGAGAAGGGCGUGGUGUAGGACCCUUGAAAGAUCAUAUCUAUCUUCACUUAAAUCACUUACCUCCUGAGGACCUCAAGGUGAGACUUCCUGGAAUAUCUGAAACUGCUGCUAUUUUUGCCGGUGUCGAUGUUACAAAAGAGCCAAUCUCUGUUUUACCUACUGUCCAUUAUAACAUGGGUGGGAUCCCCACAAAUCACCAUGGAGAGGUAGUUACCAUCAAAGGUGAUUAUCCUGAUGCAGUGACUCGUGGACUCUUAGCUGCUGGGAAAGCUGCCUGUGCAUAUGUUCAUGGCGCUAAUCGACUUGGUGCAAAUUCCCUUCUUGAUUCUGUUCAGGGCUUGUACAAGCUUAGAAAUUCAAAUGGCUCCCAUCCCACCUCAAAUAUCCUGUUGAGUGUUGAACAUACAGCGGAUUAUACAAAGCAAUGCUGCUGUGUUUUGCACACAGGAAACAUUAGAAGAAUGUGUGCAAUAGAGACAUGCAUUUUCCAGUUUGUUGUAUAAGAGAUGAACUAGAUACUAAGGUUGUCAGGUGAUUGAUAAAGCAUGGGAGAGCUUCCAUGAUGUCAAGUUGAAGGACAGAAGCUUGAUAUGGUAUAUAUGUUUAAUAGGAUUAUUAGCGUUUAAAGUCAUAUACUGAAGUCCAUAAUUUCUCAUUACUUAUUUUCCCCUACUGUAGUUUAUUCAACUAAUGCAUGUAUAAC